UAUAUUCCGUUCCGCGAAAGAAGGAGGUGUUUAAUAAUUGCACCGCUCUCAUUGGCUAGUUAAGCCUAGUCUCGCCGUCAAACAAUGAAUAUGUAACCACGAGGCGCCGACAAAAAAUGGGAAAACUUAGUUGAAUUCAUAUACAUGAAACAAGCUAGCAAGCCUAUCAGUACAUCGCAGUAUUCACUCUAACUGGUCGGAUAAAAAACAUAAGAUUAGAAAAUACCAGCAUUUUGUGUGUGGUAUAACUGUGUGAUGCUCUACAUUUAAGCAUGCAUUCGACGAGCAUUUGGAGAAUUAAAUAAAAAGGGAGAAUUCUGAAGAUAGAAGAAAAUAUUCAGUUUCUGGAAUAAAUUUAUAGAACUGUCACAAAAGUACUGAAAUCAUACUACGAAGAGACAUCCUAUCUUGGAUUAAACACAGAGAGAAAAUAUUUGACUACUUUGUGGACUUUAUAUAAAAUAUGGAACCUGAACAGCAACACCCUUGGCCCCCCAGGAAUGCCUAUGAGUCCAUGGGGAUGUUACCCUCAGAGGAUGCCGGGGACUUGUUUCCUCCGCAUUUUCUCGAGUCGAACGCAGGGAUGAACAGUUAUUACAAUCAGGCAGCACGAGCAAUGCAUAACUACAGACCUAGCCAUGUCCCUGGAAGUAACUGUAGGCCCUAUUUCCCAGCCGCACUUCAUCCAUUCGUCGCAGCAGAGAAGCCCAUUCACGCCCAUUCUGGAUGGCCCAGCAUCAGCCAAUACAACAGCAAACACCAGAGCCCCACGGCCCCUCUCUCAGUGCAUCCCACUACCUCCAGUUCCUUCAAUUUCCCUCCCACUCCUCCAAAAGAUGGAUCCACACCAGAGACAAAUUCCACAGAAUACACCCCAGAUAGCAAACCUCCCAAACUCUCGGAGUCACAAGAAAACGGGCUCUCCUCGUUCAUCUCAAGUUCUCAUUCGACUGCCCACCUUCCUGGCAGUGCACGGCAAAACGCACAAGAGGGCAGAGAGUGCGUGAACUGUGGGGCCACUUCCACGCCACUAUGGCGAAGAGACGGGACUGGUCAUUAUCUGUGCAAUGCCUGCGGACUGUACCACAAAAUGAACGGUCAAAACAGACCCCUGAUCAAGCCUAAGCGACGCCUGUCUGCCGCUAGAAGGGCAGGAACAAGCUGUGCUAAUUGUGGUACCAACACCACCACAUUGUGGCGACGGAAUGGAAACGGCGAUCCGGUCUGCAACGCUUGUGGUCUCUACUACAAACUUCAUAAUGUCAACCGCCCUCUUACAAUGAAGAAAGACGGAAUUCAAACCCGGAACCGGAAAAUGUCAACUAAAAGCAAGAAGAACAAGAAAGGCAUGAUUAUGUCCGACUUACUGAAGCCAAGCUUAGAUAAACCAUUCGGGGGCUUCCCACCAAAUCUUAACGCUAUGCACGCACCAAUGCCCACCUACAUGGGUGGCGGAUCUUCCAUUGGUGGAGGCUAUUUCUCGCAUGGAUCAUCACACAUGCAGGGCUCCUCGGGACUCGGUCAUUCGGGAUUCUCUAGCGCAUACAACAACUUCCCUUCAUCCAUGCCAUCAUCAUUCUCCAGUAUAUCCAAUAACUACAACUCUGGACUUGCUUCCGGUCUGAAUCUCUCCACAACAACCGCUGGAGGCUUCCCUUCCGGUCUUAACCUCUCGUCUGGUUCAAAUAUGAUCGGAGCAAUGGCGUAGUUAAUUUUUAACGCCAGUCAUGAAAUUUUUAUUCCUUAGUCAACAAACUGUUUAAGGCAGAAUGUAAAAUGUUAGGAUAUAAGAAUUAUGAAAUGACGCGAGAAUUGAACUGGACUGAGCAAGACUUAUGGGAGAUAUUGCUGGUAACGCGUAUUUUGUGUGCUGGUUAUAGACUAACUGGUUCAGUGUGCCGGCAAGACGAGCACCCGGAGCUUCCUGAAGCUGCAUGUUUCAUUUGAAAUGGUCGAUUCAGAACGACAUUUUCUAGACAAACAAACCAGUCCUACGCAUGCGCAAUGAGAAAUUUAGAAUAAAGAAACAGACAGCAAAGGUGAAAUUGAUGCGUGUGAACGUCCCAUUUGCAGAAAGAAUCUCGUUUGUCACGAAAAAACCAUAUUCCUAAUAGGGAUAUAUUUAUAAGUCACGGACAGUCGCGACGCUAAAAUGGGACAUUUGAAGUUUCAAAUUUCACAAGUCUAUUCAUCGAUAACUAUCGGUGUGAAAUAAAACCGAAAGCCAAGAAGCAACAUGACAGAAAAGCGGUGACUUAGAGGAACUGUUUUGGGUAAAUCUACCCACCUGCGGGUCGUUUCAGAACGCAGGGGUCCGACUCGCGGAACGAACUCGGCCGCUGUGACUUGUGUGCUUGUGGAAUUCUUUUUUCAAUAACGAAAUGCCCCAUUGUCAAUGAUGGUGAGAAAUACGGAGGUUUUCCUGUCGUCGUUGUAACUUGAGUCGGUGCUUUACUAACACUGAGUGUUCCCCUUGGUGUACUUGAUAUAUUCGGACUGUAUCAGAACAAUUAUCCAGACUGAUUUAAAAGGGGAUGCUAAUUAGCCAAAGGUGUGCUUUUUCAUGGUUUACAAAGUAGUGAUUGUUUGUUAACACAUAUAUAUGUCCAUCUAUCAGAUCUGACUUAAAAAUCUUACUUGGUUUUUAGCGAAACGCAGCAUAUUUUCUCGUUGUUUGCUCAAUACGAUGAUUAUUUUGAUUUGAAUUCAGUCUAUAGUGUUAUGUUCUCAUUGAAGAUGAAUGAAAUUAUAUUUUGUGUAAAUACUUAAUUUAUUUGUUCUUUUGUUUAUGAGGUUUAUCAAAUGCUUUGUCUUAGUCCAUGACAUAGAAAUGUUGCGUUUCUAGUCCAAUGUGUACAUGUAUGGGUGUCUGGAAAUUAUUAAAACUGGAGAGCGAUUUUUGAAGGAGUCAGAAUUCUCUCUCUUUGUGUGAGCUAUUUAAAUCCCGAGUGCUAGAUUAGGAACUUGAGAGUUGUACAUAACUAUAUGAACAAUAUGAUAAAUAUUAAAUGUCAUUUGUAGCGGGAGGCUGUGCUGAUGCAGCAUUUUUGAGAGCUUCUUAUGAAAACUGGGCGCAAUGUAUUGUAAUUACUUAAACAUUUUAUUUUUAUCUUCCUGAUAUUUGUUUGUUGCUGCGAUGCAGCAUAAUGGAUCUACAUGAAAUCCAAAAAUUAUGUAGAGAAAUAUUACUUAGUCGAAUGUGAAUUGCAUGCCUCGUGACUAAUGACGUCAAGUGGCGCGCAAUUCGAAAAACAUUCCACAUUACAAAAUGUGUGUUGAGAUUCAUCUAACAUGUAUGAAUAUUUUUUCUGACUUAGGAUGGGUAUGCUGUGUUAAUACGACGUUGUAUACAUUUAAAUACAAAACAAGAAUUCAAUAAAAUGUUGAAAUCCAAAUAAA